CAAGUAACAAUAGAUCCCAUAACUGAAAGGUGGAGGAGAAGAGGGUGAGUGAAUCCAAAUCCAAAUCCUGAUUCUCAUCAUCGUUUCGUCCUUCCCUCUUCCAUUCGAUUCUUCUAUUUUCCGAAACCUAACCUUAAUCCUUGAAUCGCAUCGCAUGCACUUCCUCUCGCUGCUUCUGCUCUGAGAUCCGAUCCGAUUUCAGAAUAAUCGAAGAAUUCUCAAUCCGAAUCGUUUGCACCUGAUUCAUUCAUGUUCUAAUCGUAAUCCCUCUGCCGCCGAAUCGGAAGAUGGGAUUAGUAUUUACUAGACUGUUUUCAUCUGUUUUCGGUAACAAGGAAGCUCGAAUUCUCGUUCUCGGUCUCGACAAUGCCGGAAAAACCACCAUUCUCUAUCGGCUUCAGAUGGGGGAAGUUGUCUCUACCAUUCCAACGAUCGGGUUUAAUGUUGAAACUGUGCAGUAUAACAACAUUAAAUUUCAAGUCUGGGAUUUAGGUGGGCAAACAAGUAUCAGGCCAUAUUGGAGGUGUUACUUUCCAAAUACUCAAGCAAUAAUCUAUGUUGUUGAUUCAAGUGACACUGAUAGGCUUGUGAUAGCUAGGGAGGAGUUCCAUGCAAUUCUGGAGGAAGAAGAACUAAAAGGUGCAGUUGUUCUCAUUUUUGCAAACAAACAGGACCUACCAGGUGCCCUUGAUGAUGCUGCAGUGACGGAGUCUCUUGAGUUGCACAAGAUUAAAAAUCGCCAAUGGGCUAUUUUUAAAACUUCUGCUAUAAAAGGCGAAGGACUUUUUGAGGGCCUUGACUGGUUGAGCAAUACACUCAAAUCUGGAGGUGGCUGAAGGUGCAAGCUUCAGCAAAUUAGAUAUAUUUAAAUCGAUUGGUGAAUUCUGAAGGAUGGUCGACAUUUGAUUUUUGGUAUCACUUUCACUAAGACGUUAUAAUGAUUAUUGUUAUUGGGCUCACCUAUUUUAUUCCUUUUUUUGUUUUCAAAGAUUAACUAUGAAUGUUUGUCUUUUUGUUGCUGCUGUUUUUUCAAGUUCAUUUCUUGACCCCUCUGCAUAGAGUAGUUUCGAAAGAAAAAUUUGUCUUCAAAUUUGUUUGUGUAAUCGAGCUACAUGGGGUUUAUAUUGGAGUUAUGUGUUUUCAACGUAACCUUAUAGCAGUUUAGUAAAUGACAAUGGUUGUUGAUGAAUGUGGAUUUGAACUGAGAUUGCAUUUUAUCAA